UGGGGGCCCUUAACCCUGAGAAGCUCUGAAUUUUCAGAACAGGUGCUUGGCACAGAAAGAAUGGAAGAAGAAUAUGAGAGUCGUCGAGUGAGGAGAUGGGAAGAGUUGGACACUGACAUCUUAGUUAGAAUUUUCCAGAAGUUUAGCGUCUUUGAGUUGACUUCAGGACUAGCUCAUGUUUGUAGAGGAUGGAGAGCUGCUUGUUGCGAUCCGAUUCUAUGGAAGACUCUUGAUUUGUCUCACAUGAGAUCUAGUUUCAUCAAGAUCCCAUUAGAGCCUUAUGUCUAUGUGGAACGCCGAUCUGAUGAGGCCCUGACCCGAAUCCUGAAACUCUCCAUGAACCUUAGUGGAGGAAACACGAGGACCUUGAUUUUUCAUUUCAACUUGUUCUUGAGUGAUGAUCAGCUUACUUACACCGCAGAAAGGUGUCCAGGGUUGAGACGGGUGGUCCUACCGGCUUGGAACAGAAUAAAGAAGACUGGUAUAUGCAAAGCGAUAAGAAUCUGGAAAGAUCUCGAGUCACUAACAAUGCCGAGCAUCGCAAACCCGCCUUAUCUCUUAACAGAAAUCGCCAAGAACUGCAAGAAUUUUAAAGAGCUGAAGAUCAUGGGUCCAUUCGAGAUCUUCUUUGCAAACACGCUCAUCACUUGCCUGCCAAACAUCAAAACCCUCAGCAUCAGAUGCUCGGCGAUAAAGCGGGAAGCACUCAUGAAAAUCCUUGACGGAUUACCAAGCCUUGAAGUGCUCAACAUAUCACACUCUCACCUAGUGGAGUACAGCGGUUGGCAACCGCAGCAGAAAGUGAUUGUUAGAGAGCUGGAUAAGACGAUAAUGGAGAAAACAGCGAGGCUAAAGAAGUUCUUGACUUGCAUGGAGCAUAAGACGUGUGUGAUGUGUCAGAGGACUGAGAGUGAUGAAGGGAUUGUGAGAUGGUAUAAGUAUGAGGAAGGAGACUGGAAGGUUGAUGAACUCUCAAUCAUGGUUAUGCAAAUAUGGGAGACGUUGAAGGAAACAAUCACAGCUUACACUGGACUUUCUCCAGCUGCGUUUUUCACCGUACUAGCUCUCGCUUUCGCCGUUUAUCAAGUCGUCUCCGGUUUCUUCGUUUCUCCUGAAGUUCACCGACCUCGUUCUUUGGAGGUUCAGCCUCAAUCGGAGCCUCUUCCACCGCCGGUUCAGCUCGGAGAAAUCACUGAGGAAGAGCUUAAGUUGUAUGAUGGCUCUGAUUCUAAAAAGCCCCUUCUUAUGGCAAUCAAGGGUCAGAUCUAUGAUGUUUCUCAGAGCAGGAUGUUUUAUGGACCAGGUGGGCCAUAUGCUCUGUUUGCAGGGAAAGAUGCUAGCCGAGCUCUGGCAAAGAUGUCAUUUGAGGAUCAAGACUUGACUGGAGAUAUCUCAGGUCUCGGUGCAUUUGAGCUAGAGGCGUUACAAGACUGGGAAUACAAGUUCAUGAGCAAGUAUGUCAAAGUCGGCACCAUUCAAAAGAAGGAUGAAGAAGGCAAAGAAAGUUCAGAACCUUCUGAAACAAACGCUACCUCUGCGGAAGUUCUGUCUACAAACACUGGAGAAGAAGCUCCUGCAGUUACCCAUGAUGAAACUUCUAGAAGCAUAGACGAGAAAAUCGCGGAAACCACGGAGAAGAAGGAUGUUGCAAAUGAUGAUACUGCUGCGAAGGAGUAAAGUCAAUGUAAUCAGAGGCGCACUUUCUCUUGAGAAAUUUAGUGAGAUUUUUCAGGUUUAAGUAUGAGUCGUAUAUAGCUCAAGGUGGAAGAAGCAAGCUCAAUAAAAAUGGUGACUUUGUGUGUACUUUUUGGAUCUUAUAUAAUAACAUCUAAUUCUGGUU